UCUCAGGCAACUUAGCUGCAAGCAAGGAUACACCACCAGUUCGAAGAUACCGAAAGCCCAUUUGGGAACGCAGAUAUAGUGCUCGUGCUCCCAGCCAGCUCCCGGUUUAUCCUGCCUUAAAUUACUUUGUUUAAUGCGAGUAUAUUAAAUUUCAUUCAUCGUUUAUCCAGCGCGUGUGUCUGUGCAUAUCGGUGUCUGCUUACUGCUUACUUUACUGUUUAACAAAGCAAAGUAAAAUUAAAAAUCAAACAGAAACGAAACCAAUAUAAAUAAAGCUUCAGCUGCGGAAUAAAUAAACAAAACCGUCGCAAAAAGCGCGCGCCAGCAAAAAGUUUCAAGAACAGAGCAAAAAGCAGAACAAGGGAAAAUUUCGCUAUAUAUUUUCCCAUUUCCAAAGAAGAAACGAAAAAAAAAACCAGACAAAAUUAUCGCUUUUUUGCAAUAAACAAAAUCAUAAAAGCAAAACAAACCCAGACCCAGACCCAGACCUUGCACCAGACCCCGAACCUGCCUGCUCAACAUGGAGGUCCAAAACAUGCCAGAUCAGUCGCUUAUGCCCAACCAGCGCAUCAUGCUCGAUUCCAGAUGUGGGCUGAACGACUUGUAUCCCAUCGCUCGUCUGACACAGAAAAUGGAGGACGUGCUUAAUGUGUCUGGGAAGGCGUCGUCGACCACCCCCACUCCCACACCCACCCCAUCAGCGGCCGUCGACAAGGACGACUGCCCCUAUACCAUCGAGUUGGUGCAGCCCGAAGACGCCGAGGCUGUGAUCGCCAUGCUCAAGACGUUUUUCUUCAAGGACGAACCGCUGAAUACUUUUCUUGAUCUCGGGGAGUGUAAGGAGCUGGAGAAGUACUCCCUGAAGCCCUUGACCGAUAACUGCUCCUACAAGGCAGUUAACAAAAGUGGCGAUAUUAUUGGGAUAUUCCUGAACGGCUUGAUGCGACGCCCGUCUCCCGACGAAGUUCCUGAAAAGGCAGCCGAUUCUUGCGAUCAUCCCAAAUUCAAGAAGAUCCUCUCCCUCAUGGAUUAUGUUGAGGAGAAAUUCAACAUAUUCGACUACUAUCCCAACGAGGAGCUGAUCCUGGAUGGAAAAAUUCUCUCCGUGGACACCAAUUACCGCGGCCUGGGCAUUGCCGGCCGUCUCACGGAGCGGGCGUACGAGUAUAUGCGGGAGAAUGGGAUUAAUGUUUACCAUGUGCUCUGCUCGAGUCACUACUCGGCCCGGGUAAUGGAGAAGUUGGGCUUCCACGAGGUGUUCAGCAUGCAGUUCUCCGAGUACCAACCGAAUGGGAAGGUUGUCUUCAAGCCAGCCCAUCCGCAUGUCGGAAUGCGUAUUAUGGCCAAGGAGCUGGAUCUGGAUGACAAGCAGGCGACAAAGACCAAGCUGUAGAUGAAACCAGCAGCUGGUCCGGACUGGUUCUGGUUCUGGUGCUGUUACUGGUCCUCCCUCGUCGAUGGCGUUCGAUUUUGUACUAUGUGAUUCUUUAGUUUGUAGUUCGGUGGCGGGUUCCAGGUAGUUCCAUCUCAAAUGUCUCUACUUUCAAUUCAAAAUAGCAUAAACAAAAAGUACAAGUUACGUAUUUAUCUAA